CCCCUGGAGGUGAUGACCUUCCUCAACCAGCUGUAUUCGAGGUUUGAUGCUCUGCUGGACAUUUACAAGGUCUACAAGGUUGAGACCAUUGGCGACUGCUUCAUGGUGGCGGGUGGUUUGGUGGCUCAGGACGAGGAGGGUUGGAGGACGACCAUUACGCACGACCGGCUACAUGCCUGUGCGUCUGUCUGUCUGUCUGUCCGUCUGUCUGUCCGUGUGUCUGUCCGUUUGUCUGUUUCGCAGGUGGGCAUCCACAGCGGUCCCGUCAUGAGCGGAGUGGUGGGCUCCCGAAUGCCGCGAUUCUGUUUGUUUGGGGACACAGUCAACACCGCUAGUCGUAUGGAGUCC